AUGGGCUUCACCAGGACUAAAUCUUCAAUCAUCAUCAAGACCUCCGUCGCUCAUGUCGGGAUCGCACUCCAUGGGGCACACGUGUUCUUUGGUCCUCCACCUUCAAGGGAACCAUAUUCAAGUCUCAAGCAACACGGCUUUGCACGAAACACGCGGUGGUCAUUCGAGGGAGUCGAAGAAGGAAGUGAUUGGGUAGAAGCCCGCUUCAGCUUAAGCUCUAGCAAUGGCGAGGUCGGAAAGGUCUUCAAGCCAGCCUUCGAUUGUCUAUACAAGGUCAAGAUCUGCCAGCAAAGUCUGGUGACCAGCCUCGAGGUGACUAAUCCGUCCGAGUCCAGUCUAGAGUUCCAAGCUCUCCUGCACACCUACCUCCGUUUGCCCACCCAAGGCACACCACAAGACGUCCGUCUAGGACCUCUGAAAGGGUUGUCGUUUGCCGAUAAAGUGGCACAGGGCGCGGUGGCCAUCGAGGAUCGAGAUACUGUAGACUUCCUACAGGGGAAGGUUGAUCAAGUAUAUCGUGACGUACCAUCGGUGAUCGAAUUGACCGUCUGGAACCCCGACGAGGCCAAGAGCAACGCGAUGGCUGACAUGGAAAACGAAGGCUGGAAACGGUUCGUCUGCAUCGAGCCUGGCCAAACCAGCUUUGUCUCGCUCCAGCCGAAGGCAGUUUGGAAAGGCUCCCAAGAGCUUAUUGCUCAUAUAUGA